AAGUGCGCUCUCUUUCUGUUUCGAGUCCAAAUCCACACACACAAACACACACUUUAAGCCGAAGCUUGUUACAGAGAAGACAUGGCAUUAGCCUCUUCUUCUUCCACACAUUUGUCCUCUCUUUCAUUUCAGUUCCAAAACCCUAGAGCUUCUCUCUCUGUCAAACAUGUUUUCUUGAGUUUAACCUCCUCUCCUGACGAAUCCUCCAAACCCUCGCUUCGCAUUUCGGCCGAUUCUGCCCCGAAAGCCCGAUUCAUCGGGCGACGGAGCGAGUCUGUGUCUGUGAGACAACAAUUAGAACGGCCUCUAAGUAAUGGAGAGUAUAUGAGUUUACCUGCAAGUCAGUACUCUGUUCUGGAUGCUGAAAGGAUUGAGAGGGUUGAUGACAACACCUUCAGGUGUUAUGUGUAUAGGUUGAAGUUCUUUGCUUUUGAAGUGUGCCCUGUUUUGUUGGUUAGAGUUGAAGAGCAACCAAAUGGUUGUUGCAUUAACCUCUUGUCCUGCAAGCUUGAGGGCUCACCAAUUGUGGUUGCACAGAACGAGAAGUUCGAUGCUUCUAUGGUGAAUAUAAUAUCGUGCAAUACGAAUCGGAGCAACUCAUUGACCCAGCAACUCACUUCAGAUGCAGUAAUUGAGGUCAGCAUUGAGGUUCCCUUUGCAUUUCGAGCAAUUCCAGUACAAGCCAUUGAAUCGACUGGCACCCAAGUCCUCGAACAAGUAUUGAGGAUUAUGCUUCCUCGCUUUAUGGCACAGCUAGUAAAGGACUAUCAAGCAUGGGCUUCAGGCGAUACCUCAAGGCAGGCUCUUGGAACAGGUGAGAUUUGAGAUUGCAGAAAUGGGCUAGUCUGCCAAUGUAUUUGAUUUAUUGGCUUCUUCAUUUAUCUGUUUGUUUUGUACCAUUGACACCGAUGUACCGCUACUACGUACGUUCCCUGGCUUUCUUUCAUUUAGAAGAAAAGCCAAGAAAUCUUAUUUAAAAAGCAAAUAUUUUCAAA